ACUCAAACUUGACCAUGUCGCUAGCAAAGCUAACGUCAGUGUCCACACAAACUCUUUCACUACUUUUAGAACGGCAAAGAGGGCCAUUUAUCCCGGUGUCGAAUGAAGAUACAAACGAGAGCCCCUUGCACCUACCCCAAAUCACGCGAAACAUGGAACAACUCCGCAAGGGAAUCCUUGAAAUGGAGGAGAAGGAGGGUCGGAGUGAAGCCUCAAAGCUACUUCGAAGUCAGUACGAUAGAAUGAGAAGCAUGCUUCCUGGUGUGGAUGGCAUUGAAAGUUUGGAGGCACCCGAAACCAGGACUGCACUGACAUCACUAACAUCUCCAUCUACUUCAUCUCUGGCGCCUUUACCACCCACUCCACCCCCGAAGAAUGAUAGAUCCGACAGUGGUUUCAUGCCGUACACAGACGACCCAGAAGCAAGAUACGAGGAUCCCGCAUCCGUAUUACAGACUCAACGCCAGAUGAUGGAUGAGCAAGACCUACACCUCGACCGUCUCUCCAGCUCAAUUAGUCGCCAGCAUCAUCUCUCGUUGCAAAUCAAUGAUGAGCUGGACGUUCAUACCGGAUUACUCGAGGAACUCGACACAGAACUCGAUAGAACAGAGGGAAGUCUGAGCAGUGCGCGAAGGAGAUUAGAUAGGGUUGCGCAAGGCGCGCGCAACAACGGCUCUACUGUGACAAUUGCAGUCCUAAUAUUACUCCUACUCAUUCUCAUCAUCGUCUUCAAGACGUGAAUUGCAAACUCGUCCAAGCUGUCUAUUGCAUUCAUGCGUCGUACUAUUUUACUUUCACGCCGAAUUAUAAUUGCAACUAUUUGACAAACUACUUGUCAGCUUUCAUC